UUUCUUUGAAUCUUUCACGUUAUAUUCACGUAUCUUUUCCUUAGUUUUAGCAUGUUCAUUUGGCUUGGCAUGCCUUGACCUAACUUUUUGCAACUACUUCCCCAAGUGUUCUUUUCCCCUCACCAUUCCGUUGUACCAGGCCCAUGGGAGCGUGCGCUGCAGAGACGGAGUGGGAGGGAGGGCAGUGGGAUGACGCACGGCAGGCAGCCACAACAGUGUGGCUGUCCCCUGCUCGCCCUGCUGACCACUGCACUCCCCCACGCGCUGAAGGCUUGCGGGUGCUGCUGUUGGGAGUGCAGCUGGAGGGGUUGCGGCUGGUGGGAGUGCUACUUGUGGAGCACCCACUGGGAGGAGGAGCGCCCUGCAUUGACCCUUCCACACCCCUCCAGCUUUCCUCCUCCUCUCACCCGUCACUCCUCCUCCUCUGGCUGCCAGUGCUCUCACCUCGGGACCCUCCCCAGGUGAUAGAGGCAAGCGCCAUGAUGUGAGCAUGGUGGCUGCGAGGUGUGGUAUGGUCCCUGGUGAGGCCUGCAGCUCCCAACAGACCCUCUCGCCUCAUCCGCUCCUGCAACACUCCAACAACGGCAAUGCAAGUCCGACUGUUGAAGACCAACCAUCCAGCCACAACCAGGGGGGAUAAAAUUAUUUCGCGCAAGACCAUCCAAGCCCAUCCAAGCCCAUCCAAGCCCAUCCAAGCCCAUCCAAGCCCAUCCACGCCCAUCCACGCCCAUCCAAGCCCAUCAAAGCCAUCCAAGCCCAUCCAAGCCUAUCCAAGCCCAUCCACGCCCAUCCACGCCCAUCCAAGCCCAUCAAAGCCAUCCAAGCCCAUCCAAGCCCAUCCAAGCCCAUCCACGCCCAUCCACGCCCAUCCAAGCCCAUCCACACCCAUCCAAGCCCAUCCAAGCCCAUCCAAGCCCAUCCACGACGAUCCAAGCCCAUCCAAGCCCAUCCAAGCCCAUCCAAGCCCAUCCAAGCCCAUCCAAGCCCAUCCAAGCCCAUCCACGCCCAUCCAAGCCCAUCCAAGCCCAUCCAAGCGCAUCCAAGCCCAUCCAAGCCCAUCCAUGCCCAUCCAAGCCCAUCCAAGCCCAUCCAAGCCCAUCCACGCCCAUCCAAUCCCAUCCAAGCGCAUCCAAGCCCAUCCACGCCCAUCCAAUCCAAGCCCAUCCAAGCCCAUCCAUGCCCAUCCAAGCCCAUCCAAGCCCAUCCAAGCCCAUCCACGCCCAUCCAAGCACAUCCACGCCCAUCCAAGCCCAUCCAAUCCAAGCCCAUCCAAGCCCAUCCAUGCCCAUCCAAGCCCAUCCAAGCCCAUCCAAGCCCAUCCAAGCCCAUCCAAGCCCAUCCAAGACCAUCCACGCCAAUCCAAGCCCAUCCAAGCCCAUCCACGCCCAUACAAGCCCAUCCAAGCCCAUCCAAGCCCAUCCACGCCCAUCCAAGCCCAUCCAAGCCCAUCCAAGCCCAUCCAAGCCCAUCCACGCCCAUCCAAGCCCAUCCAAGCCCAUCCAAGCCCAUCCAAGCCCAUCCAAGCCCAUCCAAGCCCAUCCACGCCCAUCCAAGCCCAUCCAAGCCCAUCCAAGCCCAUCCAAGCCCAUCCAAGCCCAUCCAAGCCCAUCCAAGCCCAUCCAAUCCAAGCCCAUCCAAGCCCAUCCAUGCCCAUCCAAGCCCAUCCAAGCCCAUCCAAGCCCAUCCAAGCCCAUCCAAGCCCAUCCAAGCCCAUCCAAGACCAUCCACGCCAAUCCAAGCCCAUCCAAGCCCAUCCAAGCCCAUCCAAGCCCAUCCAAGCGCAUCCAAGCCCAUCCAAGCCCAUCCAAGCCCAUCCAAGCCCAUCCAAGCCCAUCCAAGCGCAUCCAAGCCCAUCCAAGCCCAUCCAAGCCCAUCCACGCCCAUCCAAGCCCAUCCAAGCCCAUCCAAGCGCAUCCAAGCCCACCCAAGCCCAUCUAAGCCCAUCCAAGCCCAUCCAAGCCCAUCCAAGCCCAUCCAAGCGCAUCCAAGCCCAUCCAAGCCCAUCCAAGCCCAUCCAAGCCCAUCCAAGCGCAUCCAAGCGCAUCCAAGCGCAUCCAAGCCCAUCCAAGCCCAUCCAAGCCCAUCCAAGCCCAUCCAAGCCCAUCCAAGCCCAUCCAAGCCCAUCCAAUCGCAUCCAAGCCCAUCCAAGCUCAUCCAAGCCCAUCCAAGCCCAUCCAAGCCCAUCCAAGCCCAUCCAAGCGCAUCCAAGCCCAUCCAAGCGCAUCCACGCCCAUCCAAGCGCAUCCACGCCCAUCCAAGCCCAUCCACGCCCAUCCACGCCCAUCCACGCCCAUCCACGCCCAUCCACGCCCAUCCAAGCCCAUCCAAGCCCAUCCAAGCGCAUCCAAGCCCAUCGAAGCCCGUCGAAGCCCAUCCACGCCCAUCCAAGCGCAUCCAAGCCCAUCCAAGCCCAUCCAAGCCCAUCCACGCCCAUCCAAGCCCAUCCAAGCCCAUCCAAGCCCAUCCAAGCCCAUCCAAGACCAUCCAAGCGUAUCCAAGCCCAUCCAAGCCCAUCCAAGCCCAUCCAAGCCCAUCCAAGCCCAUCCAAGCCCAUCCAACCCAUCCAAGCGCAUCCAAGCCCAUCCAAGCGCAUCCAAGCCCAUCCAAGCUCAUCCAAGCCCAUCCAAGCCCAUCCAAGCCCAUCCAAGCGCAUCCAAGCCCAUCCAAGCGCAUCCACGCCCAUCCAAGCGCAUCCACGCCCAUCCAAGCCCAUCCACGCCCAUCCACGCCCAUCCACGCCCAUCCACGCCCAUCCACGCCCACUCCUGCUCCCUCUCUUUUUCACUUGUUCCUUCCCUCUCCCCCUCUGCCUACCGUCCUUCUGUCCCUCCCAUGUAGCACCUGCACCUGUGGACCGGCCCUGCCAACCUAGUGGUGUGCCUCGUGAGUGCAGGGAGGGCCGCAGAGGGAUGACGCACAGCAGGCGGUCACUGGGCUGUGUGUGACUGCCCUUCGCAUGCCCUGCUGACCAAUAAUCCAGCCCCUUCCCCUUGCCCCUGACGAGCUACUGGGAGCGGGAGGGAGAUGAGCUGCCGGUGUGAUGCUGCCCCCACACUCCCGUUCAGGUGAACGGGAGCAGAGGCGGAUACAGAGGGAGCAGAGGCGGAUACAGAGGGAGCAGAGGCGGAUACAGAGGGAGCAGAGGCGGAUACAGAGGGAGCAGAGGCGGAUACAGAGGGAGCAGAGGCGGAUACAGAGGGAGCAGAGGCGGAUACAGAGGCAGCAGAGGCGGAUACAGAGGGAGCGGAGGCGGAUACAGAGGGAGCGGAGGCGGAUACAGAGGGAGCAGAAGCGGAUACAGAGGGAGCAGCAAAACAAGGUGGUAAUGAUGCCUUACUCCUCUCGUUUUCGUCCACACCCCAUUCGGUAAGUUCCCUCGUGCCUCCAAACCCUUCGUUCCCCUCCUUGCUUUAUAAUGCCGUGCCACUUGUUUCCUUCCCCACCACGCAUCUUGCUUUUCGUCAACACUUCUUCCUUCGCUCCCACUCCCUGUCUCUGUCACUUUCUCAGGUGAACCGGGAGCAGGGAGAGACGCAGGAGCAGCAGCAGCAGACAGGAGGGGGCAGUGACCCAAUGAGGUGAACAGAGGGAGCAGAGGAGGCUAGAGGGAGCAACAAUGCUCACGGAAUACCAGCAAUUUGGGCUGGCAUUGACUGCAGUGGUGGCUGUGAGGGGCAACAGGAAAGGGAAACAAGAAAUCGAAUGAGCCAGCUCUUCGUGACAAGGACAGCAUGGCGUGGUGGCAUGGGAGGGGCAAUCAGAGAGGGUGGAUUUAAAAACGCCCGCGUCUUGUGGCAUGGGACAACUGCCGCAAUGGCACCAAGGGGCCACAGGAAAGGCGAAUCAAUCGAGCCCUUGCCUCCUGGUUGGACAGCAAUGGCGGGAGCAGCAAGGAGCAAGGGAGCGCGCAAGGAAUGGGAGAAGACUGAUUGAUGUGACCUCCAGGGCACAUCAUUGCAGGGUCCAUCCCCUCUCAGAUCAGCAGCCUCUCGCUGCUCAACCGCCUUGCUCCGAGGAAUGGGGGCGUGGAUGCAGCGGAGGUGGAGAAUAAGGCGAGCAAGGCGAGGUGCUGCUGGUGGGCACGUGGAGGUGGAGAGCAAGGUGAGGUGCUGCAGCUGGCGAAGCGGAGGUGGGAGUGGGGCUGAGAUGGAGAUGGCAUGUUGGACACUGCUGGAGACAGAGAUCGCAUGGUGGACCCCACUGCAUGGCCAAGCGCUUGUCGUUGUCAAUGGAGGCUUGCCUGGCUGCAACCUCUACGAGUAGUGUGCUGUGAUGCAGUCAGCUCAGCAGCUCAGCAGCUGCCCUUCCCACACACACACUCUCCUUCCUCGACCUGGGGCUCGGACAGUUGCUGCUUGUGCCCAGUUGAGGAGGGUCAUCAUCUCAAGGGCAUGCUCCUCUUGUUUCAUGAAGUCACCUGGUUAUUUUUGGUUAGUGUUUCUCACCAUCUCGUCGUGCUGCUGCCUGCGGAUUUUAUUUUCCCGUGACAUUUCUGGCCAAACUUUCGUGACCUAUCAUGAGCUUUGUUGUGCGACCAGGAUCUUUUUUUUUUUUUUUUUUUUUUUUUUUUUUUUUUUUUUUUUUGUAAGUUGGUAC